UAGGUGUUUUCUUCUUCCCGUCAUUCUCAUCCUAGUUUUCUUUUUACUUUUAGUUAGAAGGUUGUUGGCUCUAAAUUUAUUCUCGUAAUGGCUGCCACGCUAAAAGUGUAGCUUAUUGGUUAUGUCAUGUUCAAAGUGUCUUUAGAUGGGUGCAUAAAGCGAAAAACUCAACAAGUGUUUCAAACAAUGAUCGCAUGAAAGCUGUAAAAAUAUCAAUCUCCCUAGACCGUUUCUUCUUUCAUGUUUCCUUUUUUGGCAAUUAAGUUAUGGACUCGGCGUUUGUGUACUGUAUGUAAUAAAAACAUAAUCUAUGCAACGUAAAAAGUGUACAUCGGGACCAUAUUGAGUGUCAAGUGUAUUGAGGGUAUUUAAAAUGACGGAUCCGAGAACGUCGUCAGCUCUGUUUAAGAGAGCCGAACAGUUGAAAAGAUGGGAGGAAUCCGAUACUAAUAAACAGUCAUCGAUGCCGAAAAGAGCAUCGAGGAUACAGUUUUCAUCGGGCAUCGUGUUUUUGGCGGCAUGUACCGCUGGAGACAAGGACGAAGUACAGAAAUUAUUAAAAAUGGGCGCUGAUAUAAACACCGCGAACGUGGACGGUCUGACGGCUCUUCAUCAGGCUUGCAUUGACGACAAUUUGGAGAUGGUUGAGUUUCUUGUCGAACACGGUGCCGACGUCAACCGAGGUGAUAACGAGGGCUGGACCCCGCUGCAUGCAACGGCUUCUUGUGGAUUUCUUAGUAUAGCCAGGUACCUUCUUGAAAAUGGCGCUGAUAUUGCUGCGGUGAAUUACGACGGGGAACUGCCCGUCGAUAUCACUGAAAGCGAUAAAAUGGUGGAAUUAUUACAAAAGGUUAUUGACGAAAAAGGCAUCGAUUGUGAAAAGUCUCGCACUGCAGAAGUCGAUACGCUGUUGUGUGAUGCGAGGAACUGGGCUGCGAAUGGUUACGUCGAAGUAAGAGACCCGAAAACAGGCGGAACUCCUUUGCACGUCGCGGCAGCAAAGGGUUACAUAGAUGUUGCACAAACUCUUCUAGAAGAAUGCAAUGUAGAGCCAGAUUGUGUUGAUUAUGAGGGCUGGACUCCACUUCAUGCUGCAGCACUCUGGGGGAAGAAAGAAGCUGCUGCUCUACUGUUGAAGCAUGGCGCUGACCCCAACUUGAAGAACUAUUCGGGUCAAACAUGUAUGGAUCUGGUCGACCCGAGCAUAUCCACCUGGUUAGCUGAAGCGUCACUAAAAGCGCCCCGGCGUGUCAACAAUAACAACAAUAACAACAACAAGCGUAAAAGAAGUCCACCUCGGCACGACGUUAAGCGAGUCGAACUGCAGAUUACUGGACAGACUGACAACGUUAUUAAUGGUAUAUUGACAGAGAAACCGCCCGCUGCACCAGAGAUUAUCCCUAAAAUCUCAGACGGCAAGCCACCCAAAGGUCGUGCGCCAUCCCCUGAGGCUACAGAACCUGUUACUGAUAAUGCAUCUAUGGACGAAGCGCCUUCUUGGAGAAGAUCUGCCUCUUUCCGGAACAGACAACAAGAUAAUACUCGUGACAAUAAACCUGCUAACAAUAAUGUGGACAAUGAUACAAUACUGAGGAGGACUCACAGCUUUGAAAAUGACAAGACUUUCUAUCAGCGAUACCGCGACGUGACGGCGCGUAUAAAGGCUUCGUCGUGUCCUUCUAUACCGCCGCUGCCGCAGUCGACGUUGGCUUCAAUCGAGCUAAGAAAAAAAAAUCAGGAGGCUACUAACAAUGCGACAGAGAGUACUAACGAAGAUGUUCAGACCAGGAUCAGUUCAUCUGAAAGAAGGGAAAGGGAUGCUAAUACGUGGAACAUUCCAUCGACCACCAGCCCCACAGCAAACACGACAAACUCGACAACAACGCAAACUAUUAGAAGCUCCUCGGAGAGCGUAGAGUCGAACAGUAGCAAUUCAACACCGAGCUCAACAACGCCCACCAAACUGUCGCCUGGAAACAUAUUCAAGAAUUUCUUCAAGUCGUUUGUGCCUCCGGUGCGAGAUGAGGAGAGCGAGACACAGAGGAAAGCCCACGCGAAACGGGUUCGCGAAACGCGACGUUCGACGCAAGGGGUGACCCUCGACGAGAUUAAAUCGGCUGAGCAGUUAGUUAAGAAGAAGGCAGGCAACGGAACGACAGAGUCGCCCUCGCCUGCCAGCAUUAAGAAGACGGAGGAUAUUACAUCUGUAAAUACGGAUACCACUGCAGCUCGCAGCGCUGUGGGCGGCGGGGACGUCGCGGUGACGUUAGCGCUGGCGUGCGCGACCGCGACAGCGACCGCUACCAUCGCGGCCAUCAGUGAGCGACGCCCUUCGUGGCGGCUGCGGCUCGACCCCACUAAUAAGUUCGAGCUGGAGGAUGCCGGACGGUCGUCACCGCGAACGACGGCACCCGCUGCGGAGGCGACGGUCACGUUGCCACUGCGUCGUCCGCCGACAGCCUUCACUGUCGGCACUACCACCACCACCACGACAACUACCAACUCCAACACAAACUCGCCAACUAAAGAAGAGAGUCGGGCUGGAGAGGAAGAGAAGGAACGCGAAAGCAGUUCAGAGAGUAAGUCAUCGUCAUCGCCAGCGAGCACGCAGGCAGCGCUCAACGUGAUCCAGCGCAGGCGAAGACCGAAGCGACGUUCCACUGGAGUCGGCCAUGUUGAUAUGGACGAUAUUGUCAACGACCGCGGCGGGGGCGGUGAAGGUGACGGGGACUCAGAAAACGUUCAGUCUGGUAGCGAACGGACUGAGGAUGGUGAAGAACGCGACUACAAAGCCCUUUACGAAGCGUCGCAAAUUGAAGUGCGGCGUCUGCGCGCACUACUCUCGACUUCGGAGCAGCAGUUGCGCGACGCUCGGGCGACGAUCACGAGGCUCUCACAAGUGAAUCAAAAUUCGCUUUCUGAAAUCGAGAAACGAGAAAAAAGAGCCAUGGAAAGAAAACUGUCGGAAAUGGAAGAGGAGUUGAAGCAAUUGCAAAAACUAAAAGCCGAGAACGAAAGGUUGAGAGCCGAGAAUCGUGCCCUAACGCGGGUCGUCAGCAAAUUGACCAACUCUGCCGCCAAAUAGUUCCAGCAAGCGCUGCAAAUUGAGAAUCAGAGAUUGAAGGAUGAAAACGGAGCCUUGAUUAGAGUGAUCAGCAAACUGUCUAAGUGAGGGUUGGACGCUGAGGCCCCGAGGCCUGUGUUGUAGUAGUAGCGGUUCACACAUACACUUUCCUAAAAACUAUAAUAGUUUGUAUAUAACCUUUGGGAACCUUGAUCGUGAGAUGUAGUCAAAUCACUGCGAAUAUUUUGGCUGAAAUAAAUAUUUUAUAGACACUUGUCUUGAGUGUAUUUGUAUGCGGUUCAGAGCCAGACGAACAAUGCUCUCCUUCCAAUUAACACGAAGAUUUUCUUAUGUAUUAUUCGCGUACUCUCAGCAUUGGUUUGCAAGUAGACCAUUCGAAAUAUAUUUUUAUCCAUUAUGUUGUAAUUUGAAAAUCGACGACGUUCAUAAGAUAAUAUUUUUAUGGACUAAAAAUUGAAUUUUUUUGACUGUUAUAUGGAUCUGAAUAUUAGAUGUACCAGAUAAGAUAACACUGCAAACUUAAUACUCUGAAUUCGCGAAGGAGCUCGGCCUAGGAAGGACAGCAGAGGGCAUGGACGAUUUAACAAUACAGUAAAAUGUUAUACUGCUUCGUACAGAAUUAAACUUUUUAUGAUUUCUACAGCCGAAACUCAAAAUAAAAAUGGGGCUACUAGCCUAUAAGUAGUCUUACUAAUUUCAAAAUGGCAGCCAGUACUUAAAGAUGAAGUGAAUUAUGUAACGUUUUAAUACUGAAACGGUGUCUGCGACUUCAACAAAUGAAUGUAUGAUGUUUAAAAUCAAGUUGUUCCCGAGGUAGACUUUGUGUUGAUAUUUGAUAUAUUCCUAAACGACGUAAGUGUAAAGUAGGUUAGCAGUGAAACUUUUAUAGAGGGCCUGUCGCCCGUCAUUAUAUUAUUAUUUAGUUAUAUGUAUCUCGAAUUAAAUAUAUAUUUAUACAUAAAAUUACAUGUAUAGUUGGUUUUAUAAGCAAUAGUAAUGAAAUAAUUGGAAAUGUGAUAUAUCGACUUUUACUAAACUUUGAAUGCAAUUUGUAGUUUUGUUCUUAUAUAGAAGAAAUAUAAUCAUUUUUUCAUAUAUUUUACGUAAUUUAUCCGUGUGGGGUAUUGUUUAUUAUUAAUAUAUGCAAGUUUGGUCAACAUUUUUGUCUGUCGGUUUAGCGUAACUAGCACUUUAUUGUAUUGUAUU